AUGGCAGCCAGGACCGUUUUUCAAUUCGAUAACGACCAUCGCCCGGGUCUUCUUCGCAUGGGACAGGCCAGAUGGCUGACUAAAUAUGCGGGGAGGAUAACUAGCGGAAUUCAUAGCAGAAAGUUGCGGGAAAUUGGGAGAAAUUACCAGCAUCUGCAAGGACAAUUUGGGAACACUGCCCGCAACGUCAGAAUAACCGAUCUCUUACUAGACAGGUUCCUGUCCCGUAGGUGUCAUCGAACGGUUACUAAACAGGCUGGUACAGGGAAUUGCAAGCGCCGCGAUACAGAUGAGGCUUGGGAUACGUGUUCGACUAUCGACGAGAUCGAAACGUUGACCAUGAUGCCGCCGGCCGGGAUUAAACAAAGUUCAGGCAAGGGCCAUUUUUAUUUGACAAACUCCCCUGUCAUCAGGCAUAUCUGCUUCAGAGGGCAGGCCUACACGGGUUCGCAUCAAUCCAAGAAGGACCAGCACAAACAUGCAUUCCUGGUGCACUUCCAGUUGAACGAAAUUGCGGAGCCGCAAUGCCGGCUGGCUUACUUAUGGGUCGCAUUAUUUCUGUUACACUUGGAAAUCUGGGUUGAAAAAGAGGCACCUGAGAAUUGCCGCAUGUUCCUGGAGUUGAAGAAUAAGCAUAUUUGCCUCCACCCCCCUCCUCCUUUCUAUCGUAUCCCUAGCUGUAUAACUAAAUUUAGACGCGCGGGUCGGCUAAAAAUCAUGUCUAGGCGCCGUGACCAACCUGUAGAGUAUGAAGAACAAAAAGAGGAAUCUGGUCGAGAACCGUGGGCAUCCCGCCAGGGAGGUCCACUGCUGGCUGGGCAAGUCGGAAGGGGGUCGGAUGCACUGCACUUUGCCAUCCAGUCACCCAAUGUUCCAAGAACACUGACAACGUCACAUAAUGCAUAUGCCGUUCACGACCAUGCCGAGAGGACCCGUUACCACGAUGUAGUGGAAUCGACUCGGGGACUCAAUUUGAAUACCCAUGACACGCGACAGGUUGGGACAUGUAGUCGAGAGAGCAAGCGUAUUGAGAAUCCGCACCAGAACGUUCGUUAUCAUCUGUCAUCAACACCACACAAUCCGCUGCUGCAGGCGGCUUCCCCGUACCCGCCAGAUGUUACUCGAUAUGAUAGAGGCCCGAGCAAUCCGCAGCCUGGAUAUUAUUCAGAGUAUCCCAUCCAUCCUGAGGAUAGCUAUAGUUUUCCACCAGCAUUCUCUGGCUUGCUUUACCCAGAUAACCAUCCUCCGGGUUAUCAUAACCCCUGGCUGCAAUAUCCAAAUGCACACCGGUCAAGUCCAUAUGUACCAACUUGGGGUACACAAUAUUACGACCCAAUUACUCAUGUAUCCACAUUCCAGGGACAUGGCAGAAACGCUGCUCCCAGUUGGAGCAAAACGGAAGAAGGUCUUGACCCCGGAUGGAAAAUCGGACCAACCGACGCGGGAGUGUCGUUGGGCGAGAGCUUCUGCGUGAGAGAGGGCCCGAGGAGAUAUUUCAAAACCGGCCAGAUUUUCUCUCUGUUGUGGCACGAACCAGCGGGUAAAAGGGGGACGACGUUGACUUUACACAACGAACAUGUGUAUAGCAAGAUCCGUCGCAUGGUUGUGGUUGCGGAGAAAAAGGACUGCUGCUGGUGUUUGGCCAUUCGCACAUACGGAGGACGUGGUAUCAACAAAACAUCUCUCGACCACAGAGCCCAUGCCAUCAUCCGUAUGCGGGAUGGCCCCAGAGAAGAUCUCAACAGCAAGACUAGUACAAUGAUUCAAGAUGAAUUUAUCGUCGUCCCUGAAGAGGGAGAAACCUUGAUGGGAGCAUCGCUACUGGACUUCGGAAAGGUGUACACGGUGGAGCACAACGUCAAGGUGAAGUCAAUUGGCAAAUUGACGAAUGGAUGUAUUUCCCUCCUUCUUAAGAACUGGAAAAGGCACUCUAUCUCAAAAUCCUCGAGACAUUCUUAUAGUGCAUCUCGGUAG